UGAGAAUUCGCGACUCGUGUGUUCCCCCCCCGUUGCUCAAGAAACCUAUAUAUUCUCCGCUCUCGCUCUCGAUCCCUGCCUUUUCUCUUUUGGCCAAAAACAUAAAUUCGUCCCUUGGAAGGUACCUUUCUAUCGAUCGUUACAUAUUCUUCACGAACAGAUCUUCACACACGCAAAUAAACCCAUCCACGUCGUCAUCAACAUGUCACUAGCUUUCAAGCAUUUCGCAAAGGCCCAAAAGGAGUUCAAGCCUCCCUUGAUCGCCAACGAGAACGCAUACUUGGGCGACGUCGUCUCCAGUACCGAUUCGGAGAAGCCCAUCAGCGCCGGCUUCUACAGGCUCGAGAAAGGCACCCCUCUGGUUUACGAGUACCACUACGACGAGAUGAAGAUCAUCGUCGAAGGUGAAUUCGACAUCUCGGACGAGACUGGCCAAUCUGUUCAUGCCGUCGCUGGUGACGUCUUUUAUUUCCCCAAGGGCAGCAAAAUCACCUUCACUACCAACUCGUACGGCUUGGGUUUCUACUGUGGUCAGCGCAAGGAGGGUUCUGCUUAGAUAUGAUGAUAAUGUGAAGGCGAAAAAAAUUGCUGCCCAAUGCAAUAAGUUUCAAG